GGGCCCACAGCGCCAUUCGCCAACCCAGGCUUGACAGUAAAGAGUUGACGAGAGCCUCUUGUACAAGGCUUGCAUCUUGUUAGACUGUGCUUUUGUGAUAUUUCGUGAUUUAUUUGUGAUCAUCAAAAUGAAGCUUAAAGCUUUAACGCUUUUUUUAUUACUUGGAUUUAUUAAGAUAGGUCACUCCCAAUCGCUGCAAUGUCCGAAGGUGCGCACAAGUAGCGGAUGGCUGGAUCUCUUCCCACUGCCAUGCAAGAAACACUCAGAAUGUAGUCUCAUGGGAGCACAACAGCUUUGCUGUAAGGGAUUCUGUACCAAGGGUGUACAAGGCGCCGCUAAAUUACGAAGCACCGAGGCGAGUGUACUUGAGUUGAGCACCAGCACAAGCACUAGCACCACCACUAGCACAACAACAACAACAACAACCACAACUACCACUACAACAACUCCAAGUACCACCAGUUCCACCACCACGACGACUACGACGCCGAAGCCAACGACGACGUCGACAGAGCCGCCGAGACCAUUCCUGCAAAUAUUACCCAUACAAACAACCCCUAAGAAUAGCGCUCCAGCUAAACUAGGCAAAAGUCAAAAGUACGUAUGCCCCAAGUCAAUACCAACGGUGCUGUUUCCAAUACCCUGCGAGAGCAACUCGCAAUGUCGCGCCAGUAGCGGUCCCGACCAGGUGUGCUGCCAAGGGCAAUGCGUGAAAGGCGUGCCAGCCCCGCGACCUACUGUUAAGGAACAAACGCACCAACCAAUCCUGGGCGUUAUUCCUCGAGAAUGUCCUGCCACACCGCUGGGAGAGCUACUGUUUGAAGUACAGUCGUGCAAGACUGACGCCGACUGCUGGCCGCGAGUGUGCUGCCCGGACGGAACUCGCUCCUACUGCCGCACAGCACGAGCUCGCCUUGACCUUGUUCCAGUAGCUAAUAGGAUAGAAGCUCCAAUAAGAAUGUUGGAGUCUUACCUUCAAUGUUCACCACCGCCCCAAUUCGACUCAUAUCCUCAGAAAUGUCAAUCAAGCGUGGAUUGCUUCCCUAACCUGUGCUGCGCAGAAGGUGGCAAGAAGCAUUGUCGGCCACCACAACGCAGUUUCUUGUCAUUAUUAGCUGGUGCGGCUCAGAGAUUCGGAUAAGAAAUGGAAGGAGUUAGUCAUAAAAUUUGUAGAUUAAGAAAGUCUGUGUAAAUUAUUCAAAUGUGAUAUUUUUAUACUUUCGAAAUUAAAUGCCUUUAAAAUA